CCGCGGCCUGGUAAAGCGGAAGAGGCGGAGGACUUGGAACUCCAGCCGGAGCUAGUUUUGGGCCCCUUCGAUUCCGAGUUGAUGCCUGUCAGCCCAGCCAGCGCUCCGGAGCGAGGGGACGCACGGCCCUGGUGCUGCAGGACCAGAUGAUCGCCAUGUUUGGGUACUAACAUUCACAUAUAUUGAUAUUGGAUUUGAAAAUGGCAGAGGGAAACAACAAAGAGGAGGUCAUUCAUUUGAACAACUUUCACUGCCACCGGGGAAAGGAGUGGAUGCGUGUCAGAGAUGGGCCCAUCACCAUAUCUGACUCCUCUGAUGAGGAAGGGAUUCCAAUGCUGGUUACCCCAGCUACUGAGCAACAUGAAGAUGAUGACUUGGAUGAUGAUGUCAUACUGACAGAAAAACAUAAACCUCAGACAUCCCGACCCAAUCUCAUCAAACCAGCUGCCCAGUGGCAAGAUCUGAACAGAUUGGGAGAAGAAAGGCCUAGAAAGUCUAGAGCAGACUGUGAAGCAGAUACCCACAACUAUUUUUCCUUUUGUAACAACUCACUGUUUGGUUCUGGGGCGCAGGAUGAUUCUGAGGAUGAAUACGGUGAAUUUCUGGAUCUUGAGAGUGGCAAAAAAGGAGAAACCAAAUCUGGACCAAGCCAUAAGCAGACAGCAAACAACAUUGUCAACCCCAGUUUGGAGCAGAACAUCAUUAUAUUGGGAGAAAAUGGCCUCCUUUUCCCAGAAAGUGAGCCUUUAGAAGCUCAGAACCAAUCAUCUGAAGACUCAGAGACAGAUCUCUUAUCAAAUCCUGGAGAACCAACUGCCUCAGUAGACGACCAGGUAAUCGAAGAAGAGUACUGGCUUGACCAUCCAUACUUCCAGGCUCUAAAUCCACAGCCUCAGGAGAUAACAAACCAGGUUGUGCCCCAAGAGCGGAAUUCUGAAGCAGAAAUGGGCCCAAUGUUCUUGCGCCAUGAUUUCCCAGAGCCAGCUUUUCCUAGGCCAGCACCCCAACAAGAGGGAAUUCCAGGCCCUGCUUCUCCUCAGCCAGCUCAUCCUCUGGGAGAACUUGAAGACCAGCAGUUAGCAAUUGAUGAAGACCCUGGGCCAGCUUUCCCCCUGCCAGGAUCUCAGCAAGCCAAUUUGGAAAACAUGUGGGGACAAGAAGCUGCUGAAGCAGAUCAAGAACUCAUUACACUAUUAGUGAAAGAAACAGAAGCAAGAUUUCCAGAUGUAGCAAAUGGAUAUGUUAAAGAGAUAAUUCAUUUAAAGAAUUACUAUGAUUUGAAUGUACUUUGUAAUUUUCUUCUGGAAAACCCAGAUUAUCCAAAGAGAGAAGACCGAAUUAUUAUCCACCCUAGCAGCAGCCUGCUUGCCAGCCAGGAUGAUGUGAAGUUGCCUAAAGUAGACUUUUUUGACUAUUCCAAAUUGACUCCACUUGACCAGCGAUGCUUCAUCCAAGCUGCUGACCUCUUGAUGGCUGAUUUCAAGAUGCUCAGCAGCCAGGACAUAAAGUGGGCCCUACAUGAGCUCAAAGGACACUAUGCAAUCACCCGAAAGGCCUUUUCUGAUGCUAUUAAAAAAUGGCAGGAGCUAUCACCUGAAGCCAGUGGAAAACGGAAAAAGAGGAAAGAAAUGAAUCAGUAUUCUUUCAUAGAUUUCAAAUUUGAACAAGGUAACGUAAAAAUAGAAAAGAGGAUGUUCUUUCUGGAAAACAAGCGUCGACAUUGUAGAUCUUAUGACCAGCAGGCCCUCCUUCCAGCUGUACAGCAAGAGCAGGAAUUCUAUGAGCAGAAAAUCAAAGAGAUGGCAGAGCAUGAAGACUUUUUGCUUGCCCUGCAGAUGAAUGAAGAACAAUAUCAAAAGGAUGGACAGCUGAUUGAGUGUCGCUGCUGCUAUGGGGAGUUUCCAUUUGAGGAGCUGACACAGUGCGCCGAUGCUCACUUGUUUUGUAAAGAAUGUCUCAUCAGAUAUGCCCAAGAGGCAGUAUUCGGGUCUGGAAAGUCAGAACUCAGCUGUAUGGAAGGCAGCUGCACAUGUUCCUUCCCUACGAGUGAACUGGAGAAAGUGCUCCCUCAGACCAUUUUGUACAAAUACUAUGAACGGAAAGCUGAAGAAGAAGUCGUGGCAGCCUAUGCUGAUGAGCUUGUCCGGUGCCCCUCAUGUAGCUUCCCUGCCCUGUUGGACAGUGAUGUGAAGAGGUUCAGCUGCCCGAAUCCUCGCUGCCGAAAGGAGACCUGUAGGAAGUGUCAAGGACUCUGGAAAGAGCAUAAUGGCCUUACCUGUGAGGAGCUGGCAGAAAAGGAUGACAUCAAGUACCGGACAUCUAUUGAAGAAAAAAUGACUGCUGCUCGCAUUAGAAAAUGCCACAAGUGUGGGACCGGCCUCAUCAAAUCAGAAGGCUGCAAUCGCAUGUCUUGCCGCUGUGGUGCCCAGAUGUGCUACCUCUGCCGAGUUUCUAUCAAUGGCUAUGACCAUUUCUGCCAGCAUCCUCGAUCUCCAGGAGCCCCUUGCCAAGAAUGUUCCAGGUGCUCCCUCUGGACCGACCCCACUGAAGAUGAUGAAAGGCUGAUUGAGGAAAUCCAAAAGGAGGCUGAAGAGGAACAGAAAAGGAAGAAUGGAGAGAACACCUUUAAACGCAUCGGGCCCCCACUGGAGAAGCCAGCCGAGAAAGUCCAGCGGGUGGAAGCCCUGCCACGGCCUGUCCCACAGAACCUGCACCCACAGAUGCCGCCCUACGCCUUUGUACACCCACCUUUCCCCCUGCCACCUGUGCGUCCUGUGUUCAACAACUUCCCCAUCAACAUGGGUCCUGUGCCCGCGCCCUAUGUACCCCCUCUUCCCAACGUGCGUGUUAACUACGAGUUUGGCCAUGUGCAUGUGCCCCUGGAGCACAACCUGCCCAUGCACUUUGGCCCCCAGCCACGGCAUCGCUUCUAACACCCAAAGCCCUGUCCAGCACACUGAGUGUGGGAAGACCCAGUCUCACUUUCUUAAUAGGGGUAGAGUCUUUGCUUCCCUCUUGAGGAUGGGCUGGUGUCCUCCUACUCUUUCCUUUGCAAGGUCACUGAUUCUUCAGGUCUGAUACCCUUGGAUGCCAACUGUCACUGGGCCAGUGUUAGGGCAGCUCCUUGGUUGUGCCAUCUUAGCAUCCAGUACAGUGGCCCUGACCAUGAAGCCACUUUAACCAUGUGCCAUAUUCCCUCCCCAGCAGACAAUGAAAGCCCAAAGCCUACCAUCCCCAGGUCAGGGCUCUCCCGCCUUGUUGCCCAAGGCCCACUCAGGUUCAAGGGCCUCCAAGACUGGUCUGUGGCGCAAGUUUUGUUCUGUUGUUAUCAGAGCAGUUGCUCCUGUUCAUGUAGUUUGAGCUAAGUUGUUUGUGGGCUACUCAAGUUUGUCCCCAUCCUUGGAAAGUCAGGUUGAAAAUAUUUCCCAUUGGCUGGCAACUGCUGAGAGCCAGUCAUCCCAACACUUGACAUCAGACAAAAGGGCCUUUUUGCAAAGCUGUCACUUAUUCCUUGGCUACCCCUUUUCUGGGGGAUACUUCACUUGUCACCAACCUGGAAUGAGCAGCAUCUCCUCUAAGGUGUUUUUGGGUUUCCCUAGGGGCCCGAAGAUGGCCUGUGACUGUCACAGCAACCCUCCUGUCUGCCUACCUGUUUCCCUUAUUAGUAAUGGAAGCAGGCAGAGGGUGAGACCCCAGCUCCAAGAUGAGAGAACAGCUGCCUUCCCUAAAGUCAGAUGAGAACGCUCCUGCCAUGCUCCCACUGCCUGUGUCCCCUCCUGUCCAGACCAGGUUUUUGUAUCCCUCCAGCCUGUUUACAGAGCAGGACUGGCCGAAGAUGUUUUUCUCAGUUGUAUUGGCUAUCCUUGUCCUCCCAUUGCUGUGGGGUGCCCCACAUUCAGAGUGUACAGACUUGGAAGUGGCAAGAUGUCUCUGGGAAGGAGGAAAAACUCUUUGAGGAGCCCUGCUGUGGGUCACCUGAACGUGCUACUAGUCUAAAUGACAGUGCCUUGGAAAGAUGGGCCACGUGCUGCAUGACAGGAUCCUCCGAGUACCUUAACUACUAGUGUAUUUGUGUUCCCUGUCCUUCUCCAGGGGCCCCACAGGUGGGUGGUUACUCCAGGCACUGCCCCUCCAGGCCACAUGAGCCUCUGGACUGGGCACCCAGUUCUGGUUCUACCCAGUACCCCCAUCAUGUUACUCCAUCAAGAGGCCAGGUGAGAAGCCUGGCAGUUUGGGGUUGCUGGAAGAACAGAUGCCACCCAGGCCUUGGCCCUCGGAUAGGUGAGGCCAGGGUCAUGUCAUUUGAAAUUCAGUCUGUCUUUGGCCACACAUGGCUGCUACUGCCUGUCUCCAUCAAGGCAUCUCAUCCUUAGUGGCCCUCCCAGAACCUAUGUGCCAGCAUGGCCAGAGGGAUAAGGGGUGGACCAGCAGGAAUCCCCAGGCAGCUGGCACCUUAAUCUCUGGGACCCAGGCUGCUUCCUGGUCUGAGAAACUGCCUAGCCACUCCCUGUGUAUUUGCCUUAAAACUGGAGAGAAUCUAGUAUUUGCACUUAGCAAAAGAUUUCAAAGUUAAGAGAAAAAUGCAUGAUCUCACUUUGUAUAAAAGGAAAAGAAAAAAUGAAGUAGAUGGUUAAAUGUUUUUCUUUACCUUUUGGUAGUAAAAAUAGAGAAACCAAGUCUGUUUAAACUGUAAAAAGACUGUAUCAUAUGUAACUUGAAUUCCAUGUAAAUAAAUGUUUGUGAACUCUA